AUGAACGGUUGGGCAACUGAUCCAACAGAAACGAUUGCAUGGCUUUGUAAAGUUCGUGCUCAUAUUGUAUUCUCAUCAAGAACUAUCGCAUUAUGGUUGAUCACAUUUGCUACAAUUGAUCGUUGGUUUCUAUCAAAUAUUAAUGUACAUCGUCGACAUUUAAGUACAUUAAAAAAUGCUCAACGAAGUGCAAUAUUCAUUACAAUUUUUUCAAUUAUUCUCUAUGCUCAAAUGUUUUAUUGUUAUGAAGCAAAUCUUAUGAAUACACCAUUGAAAUGUUAUGGAAAAACAAAAGUUUUUCGUCAUUUAACAGAUUUAUCAUUGACUUUUAUUACUGUUCUAUGUCCUUUGUUUGUUAUGAUUAUAUUUGGUUUGUUAACUAUAUCAAAUAUUCGUCAAUCUCAUCGUCGAAUACAAAUAUUAAAGACAGAAAAUAUUGAUCAUAGUAUAAAUAAACCAUCAGGAUUAUCUAAUGAAAAUCCACAACAAAAAUUAAAAAGAAAAACUGAUCGAAGUCUUCUUCGAAUGUUGUUUGUACAAGUAAUUAUUCUUACAAUACUUACUCUUCCAUUAUCAAUUCAAAAAUUUUAUUCAACAAUAUCUAGCGAGAAUAUAUCACCAGUAGAAGAUGCAAUUGAUAUGUUUGUUUAUAACAUGGCUAUUUUACUUUAUUGUAUUUCGAAUGGAAUGCCUUUUUAUAUCUAUACAUUAUGUGGUGGAACUAUUUUUCGUAAGGCACUUUCUGAUUUUAUCCAAACUAUGAAACGAAAAAUUAUAUGUAAAUAA